UCUCUUGUUUUUUCCUCCAAACGCCACUAGCCGGCUCGGAAGCGCCAUCCACACAUAAAUUCUGAGGAUCCAUCCUCCCUUCACUCGCACUUGUCCUUGGCCUGUUCGAUACUACUGAACUGGGGAGGGGCUCUAAUAACCGCAAAUCUCAAGACAUAACCUCUCUCCCUUUCUCCCUUUGUCCCUCGACGGUCCCACAAGGCCAUAGUCUCUCUUCCUGUCGUUGCAACACCGCUCCCGAAACAGUGGUUUGCAUUUUCCCGACACCAAACCAGACAUCCUUUCCCAAGUGCACCCUUUUCUACAGCUUGAAUGUCUGCUGCGAAGUUUGACUGUGCUUCCUACAAGCAUUUCGAGCCCGACUUCCACCCUCAGAGGCCCAUCAUCAUUGGCGAGGAAGGCCUCGACUCGCCCGAGACGGUGACUCUCAAGUACGAAGAGGCAGUUGCGCGGGCAAACGGAGACCUUCGGGGCGACUCCCCGCCAGGUGGUCUCCUUCCCAUGUCCCACUACGGGAAACAACAGCCUGGCACAAUCCACGGGUAUGAUGCGACCCGUGGGUAUCAGGAUGCCGCAUACCAGCAAUAUGGCCCGCAGAGCUAUCCUGCCCAGCACGGCGGUGCGGCUCAGCUCACGGCGGCUCAAAUGAACCAGGAUGCCUUUGCAGCAAACAGCGCAGUCGGAUCAUACAUGCCCGUGGGCGUGGGUCCCUCGGUGGUGUCCUGUCAACCGAGCUCGGGUAUGGCUGGCACAAAGGUCAUGGUCAAGGUCUCGUCUCCGUACGAUCUGCUCAGCGUGGCGCCCUACUUCUCUCUCGUCUUCGGUGCGCAAAAGGUAUCGGGACAUACCAUCAAGGAUGCCCAGGACAGCACCAGCUGCAUGCUGACCGUUUCGGCCGAGGCGCCGCCAUUUGGGGUCACCAGCUGCAAUAGCGAGAACGUGCCGAUUACGCUGCUGAUUGAAACCGAGAGCGGCGAGGAAGUCUCGAGGACGGCGGCAGGCCAGUUUGUAUAUCACGACGCAGGCCCAGGUGCUAGCUCGGACGACAUCACGAGGAAGGUGUCCAAAUCACCUGAGCAACAACAUCACUCCCCCAGGUCAGCAAGCACCCAGCUCGGCAACGAAGCCAGUACAAAUACCGCCUACGACUUUGCCACGGCUCCGCAUCAGCCGGCGCCCUCUCCCUAUGGAAACAACAACUUUUCGCAAGACAACAGUAACAACGGCAACAUGCUCAGCGCCUACCGAACAAACUCCUUCGCGGAGCAGCAGCACUACUCUCGUGCGGCGCCGCCGCCGCUCCGACCACCGAUGCCUGGGUGGCAGGCAUACGGGAGAACGCCGGGCCCGCCCAUCACGCAUACGCAGAUCUCCCGCCCAAGCCUGACGCCGCUGCCCAUGCCGUCGGCGACAACCCCUCAGCUCGUCCGGACCAGCUCCAUCCCCAGCUCGCCCGGCGGAGGACAACAGGCGGGCUACAACCACUGGGGUUCGUAUUCCAACAAGGCGGUGCUGAAGAUUGUCGGGAAGCUCGACAGCAUGGCAGUGGACUGGUCGCCGGAGGAGUGGUCGAACAGGCGGCGCAUUGUCAUGUUCAACAAGAAACAGUCGGGAUCCACGCUGACGACGUCGUUCCGACCCGUCAACGUCAACGAGCGCCCUCCCAAUAGCAUCUGCAUCAGCUGCAUCUGGUGGGCCGAGAAAAACGAGUGCUACGUCACGUCCGUGGACACCAUCUACCUGCUCGAGCAGCUGGUGGUGGCACCGGCCAGGUUCACGGUCGAGGAGAAGAACCGCAUCCGCCGCAACCUCGAGGGAUUCCGUCCGUUGACGGUCAGCAAAGCCAAGGCGGACUCGGAGGAGUUCUUCAAGAUCAUCAUGGCAUUCCCGAACCCCAAGCCGAGAAACAUUGAGAAGGACGUCAAGGUCUUCCCAUGGAAGAUCCUCGAGUCGGCGCUGAAGAAGAUCAUUGGCAAAUACAGCGCCAGCCCCUCGUCGACGCUCCCAGCCUCGCACCUCCUGACACCCACGCCCGUCAGCGCAUACCCUCCGCCCCUUCCUACGCCCCCGGCACCGACCGUGGCACAGGACCAUGUCAGCGCGUAUGGUGUUCCGUCACAAGUGCACACGGAUGGUUUGACCUCACCGAGAUCCAUCACAGGGAGCAACCAGAGCUGGCCGGCUUACUCGACGGGGCCACCGCGCAAUCUCUCGCCGACGCUCACGGCCGUGUCCCCUCGACAGUCUGGGCUUCGCCUGGCUGCGCCUCUACCCGCCGUGACAGGCUACGACAAUCGGUCGAUGGCGACGCAUUCAUACGGCAGCGGGCUGCAUACGCCACUGGGGAACCAUCAUACCCCACCCAUGGCCCCUGGACGAUGGGACCCUACCAUCCCGGCCAUGCACGCGCCGACAACAUACGCGGAGCAGUAUCAGUCCAUGACCUCCCAUCAUGCCCCCGGCCAUCAAGUCUACGGUGGUGACGGAUACGGGGAUGGGGCGCAACGGGCGUGAAGCUGGGAGGGCCCGCUGUCGCGAGAGUGCGGGAAGGGUGUGGCGUGGAAGGCUGUGGGCCAGGUGAGCGGCCAGUUGGAGUCGAAGGGCGAGGUGCUUCGUGUCUUUUGAGGCGCAUGCGCGAUAGCCCCGACGAGAAGCCAGUGUCAAGAUGACGGGAGUGAGUCACUGCAACCUGCUACUGCUUCUCCCGGGCGGGCCAUGGAGGGGGGUGGGGCAGGAAGACGCCGAGCAACCGCGUGGACGAUGAGCAUGAGAUGAAGAGGAGGGUCUCGUAUGGGAAGCAAGCGACAAACAGGAGGAGGAGGAGGAGGAGGAGGCAUCAAGAGACGUCGUUGACUUGAUUGGGGAGGGCAGACUGCCAGUUCCGACAAGUGGGGGGUGGGUAUCGGAGUCGAGUGCGAGAAAAGAGAGAGAGAAAGAGGUUUUUCCCCCCUGUCACACACACACACACAUAUUUUCUCUCUCUCUCUCUCUCUCUCUCUCUCUCUCUCUCUCUCUCUUGCUCUCUCACUCUUGUUCUCCAAUCCCUGUCUUUCCCACGGUCAGGCUUGUGUUUGUCUUGUCCAUGCCGGUGUGGAUGGGUGGGGCCCCCCGGCCCGGGGUUGUCAGCUGCUGUGGCGCAGACCAAUGGGCGCUUCCGAAGUCGAAUCCACUUUUCCCGAUUUAGAUGAAGCCGGCGAAUCACUGGCGCCCCGCUUUCGUCCGCCGCAUCACCCGCUCCAUUUCCCGACAUCGAGCAGGAGGAAAGGAGCCACGGUCUUCGACAUACUGCGCAUCUUUUCGGACUCGAAUCCUUGGUCUGCCCUAUUCUUUCAUCAGUUGCAGUCAUAGAUGUCCAGCGCAUCGUUACAGCGGACAAGCAUCAGAAGGACCAGGGAGGGCGGCAUUCAUCAUGGUUCGACAUCACCACUACUCCCCUCCCUCCCACGGCUUAUCGCGAAAGCACCUCGUCCAUCUGCACCUCGAUAACGGAUUUGAGCCCCGAGCCUCGCUACAGACCACCCCAUUGGCUGCAGAAUCGGUGCAUAAUGGGUUGGGGGGAGUAUCUGGUGAUCGUCUUUUGGAGGGGGUCGCCUGCAUCCGUCCGGCGUGCAUGACGUGCAUCAUCUGCGCCAUGGAGCCAUUGAACGGCACGGCGUCCUAUCCGCCUGCCUCCAAUAGCACCAAGAUGAUACUCUAGCACCUCGACCGCGUUUUCACCAUCGACUCAGUCUCUCAACCACUCGCUUGCCUUCCCGUCAGGCUUCUUCGGUCGUGCAUUGGCGCUCCCGUGUUCCACAUAUGGGUCCCGAAAGGCUCACCCGAGCCAUUCACAUGCCGUGCCAUUUCGUCACGACGCCCUCCGCCAAACCUCGCCCUCCGCCAAACCUCCCCAAAGAAGAUGCUUGGGUUUUUUCUUUGGGAGGGAAUGGAGAAGCAAGAGCCUGGUCAGAGUGUCGAUUCCUUGGGCCAGGCCCCUUCAUCAGUUGAAGCUUGUCUUGGCACAGCAUUUCCUUGCGAACGCGGGUGGCGCGGCAGACUUUAUUAUUCACGCAACCGUUCCGACCCUCCACUCUGCGAAUCUUUUGAGGCGGACGUUCUCGACCCCCGAGAUCGACAAACGAGGGGGGUUAUGAGCCGAUGCAUCCCCGACCGCCACGCCGCUAGGGACGCGUACUGCCAUACCCCACGCUCGUCGUACUGGCCGUCCUCCAUCUUUCACAUCAUCGUCCUUGACGCUCGAGACCUCUCGUACUCGUUUCAGAAUUCGGUGCAUUUUGUGUCGCUCGCUACCGUAUUGAGAGGGUGGGUUACAUCGACGUUUCUGCUGUUCAGGCUAUAUUGCCUGUGGAAGUUGCAUUUUUGCCCAUCAUCCCCCCCCCCCCCCCCAACCAUGAUCGAACUCCGCUAUACAACGCAAAAUCUUGGUCACUCUGAAUACGACUUCUUCGAUGUCAUCGACCCCCUCGGCGUACCGAUAACGGACAAGUCUACAUGUCUAUUCUACCUGCCAUCGCUUAUCGACACUACUCCUCGGCAAUCUCGCAGACAACACAGUAGUCAUCGCCACCUACACUCGUCCUGCAGCGAGUCGCACUCUUUCUUUCUCCUCACCUGCUAGAGACAGACCACAGCGCACUACACAUCACACACACACACAAACAAGCACGCACACACGCUACAGGCCCGAUUCUUCACAUCUUCAUUUUCCAUUUCUUUCUCUCUGAUACAUUUCAUACAACUGCAUUUAUUUCUACAGGCGCGUGAAGGACGUACGGGGGGAUUGGGAUCGGCUGGCAUAGAACGGGGACCAUCUGCAAUCGGAGUCAGGAAGACGACGGUGGCUCGGUCAAGGCUACGGAUGAAUGGCUUGGAUAGAUACACGGGGAUACUUUACAGGAUAACGGGAUAUGGCGAGGACCAGGACUGGCCUGGGACUUGGGUAAACGGGGAUUCAACAGCAACAACAACAACACAACAACAACAUGGUGGGCUGCACAUAGCAUUAUACCCUUAGUUUUGAUAUUUCUGUACUGGCUUCGGGAUCGACUGGGUUUUCGGUAUGUUACAUAUGGGAUAGUCUCCUGAUAAUCAUAAUCCUUUUCACAUCUAU